AUGCACAUCAGUCGUGACAUCGCAGGUCUCGGCACUGUCAGCACGGACAAGACAUACUUCGACGGCACGGUAGCACAAUUCCGGGGGAUACCUUAUGGUGCUGUCACGCGGCGAUUCCAAAGACCAACGAUUGUGGACGAGUGGCCUACGAAGGCUCUCGACGCCUGCCAAUUCGGCCCAGUCUCACCCACACCGGCCCUUGCGGCCACUCUGAACCUCGUUGGCGCCACCCUUGAAGCCGAAGACCCUAUUCCUCCUGCCGACGAAUUCCUGUGUCUCAACCUUAACAUCACAGCACCCACGAACAACGAUGCCGCCAAGAAACUCCCCGUCCUCGUCUUCAUCCAUGGCGGUGCGAACUGCAUGGGCGCCGGGUCUACAGCCGGAUAUAAGGGCGCUCCUCUCGUCCAUAUGUCCUUGGGCAUGGGCCAGCCAAUCGUGGUGGUCACCAUGAACUUCAGACUGGGGGCUUUUGGAUUCUUGGCGUCGGCUGAUCUCGAGGAGGAUAAUCGGGCAGCCGGCGAUCGCGGCGUCGGCAACUAUGGGAUCCACGAUCAGAUUGUGGCGCUGCAGUGGGUGAAGAGGUAUAUUGGUGCAUUUGGCGGCGACCCAGGGCAGGUGACGGUGGUUGGCCAGAGUGCUGGUGGAAGUGAGUACCUUGGUUUCUUGAUUUCCGCGGAUCCCGUCCUGACUUUGCGCUAUUUACUGACUUGGAGAGCAGGUGAUAUUCAUAUUCAGAUGCUAUCGCGCUGGGCUUCGCGCGAGCAAUUGUUCAGCCAGGCGGUGAUCAUGUCGGGCAACGCCGUGCUCACCACUCGUAGCCUCGAGCACCAAGAAGGCAUAUACCAGAAGUUUCUUGCACACCUGCAGAUUCCCUCCGAUAUCGCUGCAUCGGACAAAGUCCAGCGUCUGCGCGAUGUCCCAGUGAAUGAGCUGUUGAACGCAUACAUCGCCACUGGAUCGCCGCUACCGAAUUGGCAAGCCACAGUCGAUGGGUUCCUCCUCGAUGAUCUUCCCCGAUCGUCGACGAUAGGAGACCAGCAGUACGACACGUAUGUCCGCAGAAUCAUCAUUGGUGACUGUGAAAAAGAAGGAAUCAUCUGGGCCCCACGUAUCGCCAAACUCGGCUGGACACCCGACAAGAUCCGCGCCUUGCUCUCGUCUUGUUUCCCUGCCGAAGUCGUCGACCGUAUGACCUCGUCCUACAACCUCUCGGACUUCUCGCCCGAGCAAGCAGUGGCCAUCCUGGAACCGUUCUGCAACGAUGCAGAGUUCGGCCGCGAUAUCCACGCGAUUGCAAAGUCUUUCAGCGCCGGCGCCGGGAAGGCGUUGUACUACCACAUGCGCUAUGGCAAUCCAUUCCCGGGCCCGUUCCAGAACCUGGCACACCACGCCGUGGACUUGCUUUUUCUCUUCCAGACAUACAACCACCUCUUGCCGGACAAGCUGGCAGAAGCAGCACAGCAGAUGGGACGGCACUGGAUAAACUUCCUCAACGGCGGCGAUCCAUGGCCUGCCUACAGUGAGGGAGAGAGCUCCAUGUGCUAUGGACCAGAGGAGGUGGCGUUGUUGGGUCGGAAAGAGGAUGACAUGGGCAGAUAUGAGCGGUGGGAAAACUUAGGCGGCACGGAUGAGUGGCCCAGGUGCAGUAUGAUCAUUCGCGGGGAGGUUGCUUCGCUGGUGUGA